GGCCGUGGGGCGCCCCCCGCCCCCCACCUCCAGCCCCUGCCGGCCCUGACGAUGCGGUGAUUGAGGCGUCAGGCUCUCCCUCCGGGAGGGGCAGUUGCCCGCGCUCUUGACCUCGGAGCCCAGAAAGUGGACCCGGCAGGAUGCUGUCCGAGCAAGCCCAAAAGUGGUUUCCAACGCACGUGCAGGUCACGGUGCUGCAAGCCAAAGAUCUGAAGCCGAAAGGCAAAAGUGGCACCAAUGACACGUACACUAUCAUCCAGUUGGGCAAAGAGAAGUACUCCACGUCUGUAGCCGAGAAAACCCUGGAGCCCGUGUGGAGGGAGGAGGCCUCCUUCGAGCUCCCCGGGUUGCUCAUGCAGGGGAGCCCCGAGAAGUACAUCCUUUUCCUCAUAGUUAUGCACAGGUCCCUGGUGGGACUGGACAGAUUUUUAGGGCAGGUGGCAAUCAACCUCAAUGACAUCUUUGAGGACAAACAAAGAAGGAAAACCGAGUGGUUUAGGUUGGAAUCCAAACAAGGAAAAAGAGCCAAAAACAGGGGUGAGAUAAAGGUUAAUAUUCAAUUCAUGAGGAACAAUAUGACGGCAAGUAUGUUUGACUUGUCAAUGAAGGACAAAACAAGAUCUCCUUUUGCAAAAUUAAAAGAUAAGAUGAAAGGUAGAAAAAACGACGGCACAUUUUCUGAUACAUCUUCUGCAAUCAUUCCAAGUACUCACCUGCCUGAUGCCAGUACUGAAUUUUCAAGUGGUGAGACCCAUAUGAAAUCUAAACCCAAGAAGCCUUUCCUUUUGGGGCCUCAGCGUCUCUCAUCAGCACACUCUAUGUCCGACUUAACUGGGUCCCACCUGUCCUCUGAGAAGCUGAAGGCGGGUGUGGUGGGCCCCACGCACCUCCUGGGACGCCGCGUGGAGGCCUUUGGCGUGCUUCCAGAAAGUGGAAGUCUCAAGUCUCCGCACAGAAGAACGUUGAGCUUUGAUACUUCUAAAAUGAACCAGCCCGACAGUGUCGUGGAUGAAGGUGAAGCGUCUUUCGAAAGACAGAAUGACCCAUUUACAAAUGUGACUGCCUCAUUACCCCAAAAAUUUGCAACACUGCCAAGGAAGAAAAAUCCAUUUGAAGAAAGCAGUGAAUCAUGGGACAGCAGCAUGAAUUUAUUUUCAAAAUCAAUUGAAGUGAGGAAAGAAAAUAAAAGAGAGAAAAGAGAGAAAGUUAGCCUGUUUGAAAGAGUGACUGGAAAAAAAGAUAGCAGAAGAUCUGAUAAGCUUAACAACGGAGGAUCGGACAGCCCGGUUGACUUGAAAUCACCCGGUGUAUUUAGUGAAAGUCGGCAGGACUACUUUGAUUAUGAGUCAACUAAUCCGUUUACAACAAAAUUCAGGGCUUCGAACAUAAUGCCAUCUUCAAGCUUUCAUAUGCAUCCCACAAGCAAUGAAGAGCUCAGGAAAAUCCCGGACAGCAACCCUUUUGACGCCACUGCAGGCUAUCGCAGCCUGACCUAUGAAGAGGUCCUGCAGGAGCUGGUGAAGCACAAGGAACUGCUGAGGAGGAAGGACACACACAUCCGGGAACUAGAGGACUACAUCGACAACCUCCUGGUGAGGGUGAUGGAAGAAACGCCCAGUAUUCUCAGAGUGCCAUAUGAACCGUCCCGGAAGGCUGGCAAGUUCGCUAACAGUUAAUAAAGCCAAGUGAGCUGUGUUUAUAAUUGGACAGAGAGAGAGGAAGGAGGAUAAAAAGACAUUGUGAUUCAAAAGCAACUGUACAUCAGACUCAUGAACACUGGCCCUCGUGGACACUCACCUGCUGACCCGUGGAGGGAGCUCAGUUGUCUGAAGUCCUCGUGGAAGGGCACCGAUUGUCACUGACCGAGCAGUUCCUUAGGAUUCACGUAGGUGCUGGGCCAGCCCACUCCCGGGCCACAGGCCUAGAAAUAACUUCAGGAAUGCAUGAGUUAUUCCUCAGGAACAGAUCUCCCAGAAAGCAGAGUUGAUACCGUGGUGGCGCCUCAAGCCAGUUCAUAGAUGUUUUGCUUCAGGAAUACUGCUCAUCAUAACACUACUGAAAAAUCGGUUCAUGUUUUAUAUGCAGAGAUGUGCAUGGAUCUGUGUUCAUGUCUCUGUAUAUAAAAUAUUUACAUAUACCUCAUGUAUACAUGUGUUUUUAGAAUAUUUAAAAACAACUGGUUGCCUCUGCGGUUGGAAACGACAUGAGCUCCAUCGACAGAAGCCAGGGCGUGCCAUUCCUGUUGCCGUUCGCCAGCAAGAGGUCGCCUCGGGUGGCACACGCCUGUGCCUCUGGGAGCCUGGGUAUCAAGACAAACUACUGGAUACUGAGCCAGCAUCCAGUUUUCACUCUGCAAAUGAACUAAAUGCCUUUUAACAAGAGUGACAGAUUUUUUUAAAAAGUCACUAAUUUCACCACGAUUUCUUUGAAUUACCUUCACAGUUUGAGUUUUGUGUAAGGUGUAAGUGGAAGAUAAGCUAAUGCAAUUUGUUCUGUUCAGAUUUUGCAUGCCCUUUAAAAUCACUAGCAAAGAAAACAAUACAAAAUUAUGUCUGAAAAUAAUCUUGGGGAGAAAAAAGUGGAUGAUGGUCUGGUGCCUGAUAAUGCAAAGCCAAUUCUUGGCAUGAAGAGAGAGGCUCAGUCUCAGAUUACAUGAAGAAUAGAGCAGAUGGUUUGGGUCUUGAACCAAAACAGUAUCUGCUAAAGGAGAAGUGAGUUUUGGGGGCAGAUCUGUGCUAGGCUGACACUCUGCGACACAUCCACUCCUGAAGGAAUUCAGACAUUGUAAGAGUAUAUGUCUUUACAUCCAUUCCCUAAAUAUACUGACUUCUUCUAUGAUUAAUUGUAUAUAUUUGUACAGAAUCAUUCUGAAAUGUAAGUGGAAAUAACAGUGGUAUAAGAAUAUUGCUGUUUUUAUUUUUCAGCUUUAAGAAUCUAAGGUACUUAAGAUGAAACAAUGAGUGUGUGCGUGUCUCUGAAUUUAGAAUGAAAACAUCUUCUCUGUAGAGACUUCUUUAGGGAACUGCAUCUUUUUGAUGUUUAUCUCCGUUAAGAUUUUAUUGGAAGUUAAAUAAAAGGCAGAUAUCAUAGUUUUAUUUAGUAUUUAGAAACCAUACUAGUUCACUAAGCUUAUGUAUGUAAACUAAAAUCCCUUAUUAUUUAUAUUUCUGAGUUUCUCCGAUUUCCCUGUGAGGAUUUGUAUUUUGAGAUUAUGAAAAAUUUUUCUGAAUACAAAAUAGUGUGAUACUUUUCUAAAACGAAGAAAUGGAAAAGGAAAAAUAGCCUUUCUCGCAUUUCCCUGCACGUGUAACUAAAGUUCUUCAGUAAGGUUCUAAAUCUGAUACGGAGCUUUAUUUUUCCAUUUAAGGUCUUGUUCAAUGUUCUUUUAAAAUAGAGUGCCCUUUUUAAGUUAGUAUUUAUUUCAAAUGUUACAAAUUAUUGGCGUUUGUUUUUUUUUCUGAGAGUAUUACUAAAGCUCUUCUUACACUUUUUUAUAAUUCCCAAAUCUGUGUUUUUUGAAUAUUAUGUCAGAUAUCUGCAGAUAUUUGAAUACGUUUUGGCCAAGUUUGCUUUUUAUAUGAGUGUCAACCAAGAUAUCAGUCUGGUACUGGGGAUUUAUUUUACAUGAAUAGAGCCCAUUAAAACAUACUGUUCAAGUAUUACUUUUUCAGAAUUGAUACGUAAGAAGAAAUUGCUUACCUGUUUAAAAACUGUUAAGGGCUAGGCUUAUCUGUCCAUGGGUGAUUUGGUUAUAUGGAAUCAAUAUUUUUAUCAUUAAAUUUGAGAGAAGUAUUAUAUUUACAAUCAAAUCUACAUUCAUCACUGCCUAAAAAUCUUGUCCUAAUGUUUAUGAAUUUCUUUCAUAACCUGCAGUAAACUUAAUAUGUGUUUAGCUGAAAAAAAAAAAACUUAAGGCGUUCCCACAUAUCAGUCUUUCCUGUAAGAAAUAUUGGAAAUAGAAAAAAAUAUAUACUCAUUAAGUAAUACACAGUACAAUCAGCUUUUAGGAACAGAUUUUCUUUUGCUCUUAUGGCCAAAAAAAAAAAAAGCAUGCUUCAAAACAUUCCCACCAUAGGAGAGUUUUACUCACAAGGCUGUUUCUCACAAGCCUAUCUUAAGCUGGCACACUUCUGUUGAAUUACGAAACUUAUUCUAAAACAGUGUUACUUAACAACCAGUUCCCCCCACCCCCCCCACGUUCUGAAAUUCAUCUUUGAAAAUAUUAGAGACACUAUCCUCCCUCUUGGGCUUCAAAUUCCACGUCCUGGGCCCAAGGGCCCUCGUUCCGAAUUGUCACGGAACAGCGUGCUGCCGUUCACGAGGGAUGCCGGCGAGUGUUGCCUUCUGCUGCUGCGUUCUGCACUGAGCCCAGUUUUGCCAUCCUCACAUAAACGUACUAUUAUCUGUACAUGACACACAACUACAUCUAUUGCUUUUGGCAGUACAUCAAGAUUUAGUUGUAAUUUUCCAGCUGUGAAAAUGUUGCCUUGUAUUUAAAAGGGUUUCACGAAAGGAAACCCAAGUAAAACUAGGCUCAUUAGUGAUAGAUUCGCUUCCUUGAUGUCCUUCCAGCGCCAGCUCCCCACUCCCUGCCCCCUGCCUACCACCUCUGCAAGGGUGCUUAUCCUUUAACGAGGAGAGUCUAAAAAUUAAAAAAAAAAUUAAGUAGUAAGAAGCGCGGCUGCUCAGCCUGUCUCCCCUGCUCUGUAGUUGUUAGGAAAGCAGCCUCCCUUGGAUUCCCAAGCCAGGCUGAAACUUUGUGGAUGUGCUCCGCUGUCCUGGAGAUGUGGUGGCUGUUGCUUGUGUGCGUGUGUAAGGCAUGCUCAUUCACUUGACCUCUUGGGAGUAAGACGGAUGCUGCUGGCUCGCGCGAGCCAACGGGAAGCGGGGAAAGCCCCCUUCUCACCAGUGUGUACCUUCAGUAAUCCAGAUGCAGUCACUGGGAGUAUUUAAUAUGCAAUAGGUAGCACCUUAACUAAUUAAACUGCAGAUGAAGGGUUUUCUGGUGUGUUUAAUAAGAAGUGAAGAAGCUCUUCAAGCAUUAAACUAGAAUUGACAUUUUAUUUAUUUUCUCUUAUGAAAAAAUCCACUUUAUGGUAGAAUUGAAGUCUGCAACAAUUGAUUCAUUUGAACGCAUUCAUUUCUGAAGCUUUCAUAUGGUUUGUGUUUCAAGGUACCAAAAAUGCUGCAGAUUUAGGAAUGUAAAUAUUUAGGAGGAACUUGAAAGGUACGAACAUUAUUUAUAACUGAAAGAGUAUUACACUUGCUAAGUAAACGCUCUAGUAACUUGUAAACAUUUUUUGCAGGUACAAACUCAGAAGUAUGUAAGCAUACUUGUAAAUGUGACAAUUGCAUAAUUUAUGUAUUCUGAUGCAUGAAUCAAAAUUUUUAUAUUAUAUGAUUAUUGAUUUAUUAGAGUUGAUUAAAGUGCUCAAGCUUAA